AUGGAAGGCAGGGAAUCAAGUGCCAAUUGUUCAAUUGCUUCUUAUUUGAGCCUCUUAAGUGCUGUAACCAGCAGUCAACCAAUUGAUGAAGAAGAUGAAAUAAAAGAGGCAAAAUCAUUAUUGAACAAAGGUAAAAAAUCAUUCAAAAAUGGAAAUUUCUUUGCUGCUUUAUCAUUUUUCAAUGCUGGUCUUGAAAUUGAAGAAAAUAAUGCUGACCUGUUGGCAGCUCGCUGUGUCACUUUCAUGAACAUCUCACAGACCAAAAUGGCAGCAAAAGAUGCACAAAAACUAAUUAGUCUGCAUCCAAAUAACAGCCAGUGUCUGCUUCUACAGAGUUUGGUUUUGAAAUGUGAAGGCCAAUUUGAAGAAUCUUUAAAUCUUUUGGUGAAGUGUCUUGCCAUUGCAAACAAACUAAACCAGAGAGUCGUGGAAGAAAUGGAGGAAGUUGCAUGUGAGUUCUUGAAGAUUCCAGUACCAACAACCAACCCCGCAAAAAGCAAAACAGAUCUUCUGGAACAAACCCACCAAGUGGCUGUGUUGUUAGUUGGUCCAGAGGGUUCUUUCUUGUUCUCAUGUUGUGAUCAACGAAUGGAAACUCUUGGUCUUCAAGAUGAAUGUUCUUCUUUAGAAGCAAUUACCAACAUUGUUAACCAACAAAGAGCAACAAUCUGUUAUUAUUCAUUGCUUAGACAUCAUUUGGUGAUAUGGAUUCUUCAACCAGGCAAAGGCAUUAUUGAAACAAUAGUUCAAGAGAAAAGCAACCCACCAAUUCAACAAUAUAUCAAAGAAAAUUUGGUGAAUGUUCUUCAGAUAUAUGACAAGACAUGUCCCAUUUUAUUUUAUGAAGCAUCAAAUGAAAAGAUUCCCAUUUUGAAGACCAAUGAUCAAAAAGAAAGCAUUUUGGUGAUGACAAAUCCUCAAAUUCCUGAAAAGUCUGAACUCUAUGGUCAAGAAUGGAAUUCUAUGGUGAAAACUUUGCAAGUAGCAGAAUCAGAAGGAUGUGAAAUUGCCUCAACUCUUCGUAUAUUUUCCAUUAAUGGAAAAGAAGCAACAAAAAAGAAAUUCCUUGAAUUACUUCCAGCUGCCUCAGUUGUUCACAUAGCAACCUGGGCAAAUUUUCAGGAGGGUCUUCUUGCUUGGAGUCCCUCAAGUGUCCCUGUGCACCCUGAUGGUAAUACAAUGUGUGAUGAGCUUUCUUAUUUAGUCACAUGUCAAGAAAUUUCCUUGCUUUCCCUACAUGCAAAAUUAGUGGUCCUAAGCUGUGGCCAAGAGUGUGUGUGGAGAGGACUAGAUGAUAUACAUUUGCCUCAUUAUCUUGCAAAUGCAUUUUUAAAGGCAGGCACUCACAGUGUUGUUGUUUGCCUGAAACCAGUUCCAGAUGUUGUGAGAAAGAAUUUCUUCAAACACUUUUAUUCAGCUUUACAAAAUGGUAACUGGAUAUCAGAAGCAUUAUGGAAAGCUCAGAAAUACAUUGCAUCCAAAGAUCGAUUUAAAGAUAUCAGCUACUGGUCACCAUUUGUGCUUCUUGGGAAGGACUGCUAUAUUAAUCUGAAGCAAAUAUGUCAAACAAUGAUGCACCAGCUGAUCAAUUCUGCUGAAAAUCUUCAAAGUUCUUCAGGUAAAAACCUAUUAACACCAGGGAAUAUUAUUUCUGAAGUUCCAACAAUGGAGCAGAACCUAAAUACACUGCAAGAGAUCAUUGGGAAAUUCCUACACAAAUAUUCAUUCCAAGCAGACCUCAUCCAAAUUUUUUUGCAAUUGAUAAUCAAUUGGCCAGGAAAGCAAUGUCCACCAACCGUGGGUCAAGAUUUGAAGCCAGUGGAACUUCCUCCUGAGAUUGCCAAAAAUGACAUCUGUAUGUCUCUUCUGAACUUUCUAGGAUUCAGUUUUGUGGCUAAAAAUGUCCAACAGAAUGGAUCCUAUGUCCUUUACCCAUAUCAAGUGACUGGCAGUUUGUUACAGGAAGUCUGUUUAGUAUUAUCAGUAAUUAAAGAUUUCUCCACAAAUUAUGACCUUAUAAGGGCAUGGUAUUGCCUUCUACCAUUGAAACAAGAAACAAUUUCUUCUUUAAUUGAUUUGAUGUAUAUUACUAAAUUGGUAUGGGGCUUACAAUUACAUUUAACUGACAUGGUUAUCCGGUCUCUUUGGGAUAAUCCUGAGACUCAAAGACUCCUCACUUCCAUUGGUUACCAACAGAUUGGACGUAUUCUUAAUUUUCAUGCAUCUCCAAGAAAUCGGAAAUUGCUGACAGCUUCUCUACAAUUUACCCUCAGCCUCUCUUGCCACAGGGAUGGCAACCUGAUGAAUAAAUUUGAUGCCAAACAAUUUGGUGUCUCUAUGAAAUCUUAUUUACAAAAUACUCCUAAAGAAGCUCGUGUGGUCAACUUAAAUUCUCUGGGAAUUGUCCAUCUACCUAGAAAACAGUUUGGUUUCAAAACUCCUUGGAUGCAAGUCGUUGAACAGGGAGAAGAAAUGAAGGAAAAGAUAAAUCUCAUUCGAAGACAUGAAAAAAUGAAAGCGUUUUACAGAAAAUAUACACAAAAAGGCAACAAUAUGUACCAGGCAAUGUUUGCUACUCAGGCACAAAAAUUCCUGAAUGAAUACGGAAUGAAAAGUCCUGUGAAAGCAACCAAAAUGAAAGUCUUUCCAAGUGGAACUGCUUCCAGAGAGAGAAUUCCUUGUAUCUGGUCUCCAGUUCCUUCUUUGCACCAAGUGGAAAAAAUACGGCAACAAGCUUACCCCAUUGUGUUGCAAUGGCAAAAGAAAAUGAAUGCCCAAUACAAAAAUGAUCUUUUUCACAUUUACCAGCCUUAUGCCUUAGACAGUCCUGUUCAUUUCGGUGUUUAA